AUGAAGCCUUCCCAAGACACAAAUCAACAAAGAAAAUUUUUGUUCAAGUGUAAAUUAUCAACAUUUUUAUUAGAAGCACUUGUAAACUCAAUAUUAAAAGAAAGAUUCAGUAUGAUAAAUCCGUCAAUAAGAUGUGAUAGCUGCUAUUAUUAUGAGAGCGGUGAUGGACUUGACAGUUCUGAAAUCAGCAUAUAUAAUGAUAAUUUAAGGCAAACAUUGAAGGGCCUGGGAUUAUCUAAUGGAUCCAAUGUACACUGUAAUGACUUUGACAAAGAUGGCUCAAUUAUUAUGGAGCUUUUGGAUUCCAAUGAAGAAUCAUUUGAGAUAAAUGAAGUAUUAAUAUCAAAUGAAAACAGAUUAAAACAGCAAAAAACUACAGAGAACCAAGAGAAUAAUAUAAUCGGAUCAUUAAAGAGAAAAAAGGAUAUUUCUCAUGAAAUAGGUAUCAAGUUAAGAAAAUUAAUGUAA